UAAUAUGCAAGUAUGUUUUUAAAUUGCGUCCGGUGUCGGCGCUUAUCGCUCCGUUCUUCGCAUUCUUCACAUGCCUGACCCUAAUAAUCUUCUGGUCUUACCAAAAACUUGUUGAAGUCUAUCUUAGGAUACGCUUCGGAACUAAUUUUCUUUGCUUGGUAACUGGAUACGAUCUGGCGGCUCUGAAUUUUGGCUCAACUCCGGAUGUAGUCACCCACGUGUAUAUGAUAAAAUCUGAAACACCUAAUGAAGUCCUACUGAAGCAAAUACGCAAUCAGUUCAACGAAAAAAUCAAAGAUAAAAGAUAUGGUAAGCUGAUGAGUUUGCGAAAAGAGUUGUUGGGUUACAUGUAUUUGGUGAUGAGCGAAAACGUGGUGGUCGCUGAUUUUAUCAGAAGCGAUGGACGUGAGUCUGAAGAAGUUCUGAAAGAAGCGCACAACUUACCGUUACCAUUCAACAAUCAAUUUAACUGGGAAGUGAUCUUGUCAGGUUCUUUGAUGAUAAUACGAUACCACCAUAGCUUGGCUGACGUGAUUUCCGCUUACAAUAUCUUCAGUGAUCUCUUUUGUAAACCAAAUCCACUCAAGGAUGCAUACGCUAAUAAGUUGCUAUCUUCGUUGAAUAUCAAGAACUUGUCGUGCAAAAGAAACAUCGCAUUAAAUACUAAGGAUAGAAGAACAGUUUUUUAUAGGGAUUGUUACGAAGGGAAUUCUACUGCUUUCAUUUGCGAAAAUAAUGAACGUUUUGUAAAGAAAAUCAAGAUAAUAUCUAAAAAUACAAACUCCACAUUUUUAGCCAUUCUUUUGAGCUGCUAUUCAGCUUCCUUGUCAAAAGUGAUUGAAGCAAGACAAGAUGAAUUACCUAAGUACUUAUCCUGCAUCUGUCCGAGACAAAUUGAUAUACCUCGUCUAGCUAAGCUCUUAUCAAAUAAAGCUUGCUAUGAAUUUGGAAACAAGUUUUGCGGGUUAAUAGUGAAAAUACCCAUAAGAAGCAAAGAUUAUGAUAUGCUGGAGCGUCUAAGACUGACCAAGGAAUAUCUGAAGAAUUCUAUGGAAUCGCACAUGGUCAAAUUAGGAUAUCUUUGCGGUAUAUAUUUCUUUCGAGUGUUUCCGAUACCAUUACUUAGGUUUGUCUUCGGCCGCUUUAAACUAACCAGCGGUGUGAGCUGCGUUCCUGGUGGUCCAAAAUUAGAGCUCUUCAAUGGUGAUACAAUUGAAAACCAAUUUUUCUUGAUCAACCACUUGGACCAAGUCUGUUUAAGUCUUAGCAUAUUGACGUACGAUGAUAGACUGCAAUUGGGUAUAAUUGGAAGUAAGGAUGAACAAUUAAAUCAGGUACUCAACGGUAUAUUCCAUGCUAUCGAUCAACUUUACGUAGAAGCCCAAAUCAGAAUUACAACUGACUCAACCGUGACAUGCUAA